UUGGAACACAGAUUAGUCGACUGAGCCGGCACAGAGUUCUAUGUGUCAUUCAUCAGCAGGAAAUUAUAUCAGACUGAAGUAAUGGCUGGCAAAGGGAGAGGAAGGGCUGCCUUCACAUUUGACAUCCAAGCAAUUGGCUUUUCAAGAGGUGAAACUCUGCCAGAGACUCAGCUAACACCCUUGCCAAUCUUUCCUUCUAUAGAAUACAAACCUGUACCACUGAGAAUAGGAGAGGAUCAAGAUUAUAUGCUCGCAUUAAAACAAGAAUUGCGAAAAACGGUGAAAAGUCUUCCAUAUUAUAUGGGCGUAAAAGCUGCAAAACAAAGCAUUGAAAGGUACAGUAUAAAGUAUGAAGCUGAGGCUGAAAGAAAAUUACAGAUGGAAUGGACACCAGACUGGCGAAUUCUUCCAAGGGAGAUGAAAGCUGUAAAGCCCAAAAAGAAGAAGAGCAAGACCAGUACCAAACAGGCAAAAGGUACUAAACCAGACUCUGGUGACAUCUUGAAAAAAAUAGAGGAACUGGAGAAAAAAGAUGAUGGCGAAGAGAAAUCGGAUGAAGAAAAUGAGACUAAAAAGAAAGCCGGGGAUGAGGAAGAAGAGGAGGAGGAGGGUGAGCCAGAAAUUGAAGAGGAAGAAGAACAUGAGGAUGAAAAUGAUUAUAUUGCUUCCUAUUUUGACAAUGGAGAUGAUUUUGAGGGCAGCGAUGACAAUAUGGAUGAAGCUACCUACUAGAUGUUUAAAUACAUGGAUAUACAAAAGACUUUUUUUUAUUUUUAAGAGCGUCUGACUAGAUACAUUUGUGUACUUAGUUCCACGUAUAGUGUUUAUCAGCCCAAGCAACCAAACUUCUAGCCCUUCAUCUUAUCAGCACUUAUCUUUCAGGUGCACUUGCUGUGCCACCAUCUGUGUAUCCAGUUCAACACUCAUUGCAUCUGGAAUCUCCAAAUGAUAAACGAAGACCAUGCACUGAACAUAAAGUACUGGCACAGUAUGAUGCUGACGUACAUGGAAAUCAUACAGCUGCAAAAGCUCUAUACAGACCAGGAAGCUACGUUACCUUUUCAUGAUUUAUAGGUUUUCCAUAUGUAUGGAUUGGGAAGUCAUUUAUGUAUAGUUAAUGUUAAAAGUUAUUGUACUGCUAAAAAUAUCACUCAUUAAAAUUAGUUUCAUGAAAAAAA